GGCUCUCCCUCUCCGUCCGUGGUGUCCCAUGGAUGCGGUGUGAUUGGACGACGCCUCCGGUCGUUACCAGGGGCGUGGAGCCCAGCGACGUGAAUGGGAAACACAUUUGUGUGCUUACACCGGUGCACACAUCUGAUCUAAUCGGGGCAGAGAGACGAUGACAAGCGAAAACAGCUGUCCGCGCAAUGUAAUUACCGCAGGGGUCGCGGGGAAACUAACGUUUCCCGUGUGUUGAUAUUUAAGUACACGCUCCGCAGUCCGCGGCCACGAAGAAGAAGAAGAAGAAGAAGAAGAAGAGGAGAGAGUCGCGUCGCGAGCUGCAGCCGAACAGAGGGAUGCGAGGACUUGAAAGGAGAUAAAUACAAUAUAUUAGACAUUUUUAUUCCUGUCAAUAUGGGAUACGUGUUCGGUUAGCAAAGGGUGGGUUGAAUACUGAAUUUGUUUGGGUGGCUCCCGUAGGAGGAAAUGGGGUUAAUAUGCAGAUAGGGCGUUUUUAUCCGAGGCUGUUUGGUCGGUAGUUUCUGCGCCCUUUUCAAAGAGCUCUCUUUUUAUCGGAUGAAAUCUGGUCUAUGUCAUCCAUCCUAGGGCUACCGAGGGCCUCUGCUGGCAAACUGCGUCACCGAGUGGGCGCUGCAGGUAUUCAUCUGUAAAUCUGCGUGUUGGGAAGUCUAGCCAUGGCACGAAUGACCUGGAAACCAAAGUGACUGAACUUUGAACCCACCAUGGAGCCGGAGCCUAAUUCCAACUCCGAGGCCCACCCCAAACCCAGAUACCCACCGGUAGCCAGCUCCCAGUGUGAACUGGCCACAAAUAUGUAUGAGGCCAUGGGUGAUGGGAAUGUCACCCCGGAGGACUCGGAGGUGAGAGGUGGGAGUGACCCCAGCGCGUACCCUUCCUCCAGCUACCAGAGGAAUAUUCAUCAGAGGUUCAUCAGGAGAAACCUGUGGUUCUCGGACGCGGACGAGCAGACCUUCGAAGCGCCCGAGUGUGACACCAGGAGUAAGAUCCUAAACAUAAACCUGCGAACAAUAGUGGACAGGACGCGGGGGACUAGUUGUGGGGUGCAGGAGGGCUCCAGCACUGAGAGCCAAGGAGGGCAAAAAGACAGCGCAACGGAGAGCGCCAGCGCCGACGAGGACAAGGAGAAAGGUGGGGAUGCGUUAAAUGCCACGUGCAGUGAUGGCGGUAAAACUGCCGUCAAGGCGGCCAGUGAGGAGAACGAGGAGGAGGCGGAGAUGAAGGCAGUCUCCACAUCUCCAGGAGGAAGGUUCCUCAAAUUUGACAUUGAGCUGGGGAGAGGAUCCUUCAAGACGGUCUACAAGGGCCUGGAUACAGAGACCUGGGUGGAGGUGGCCUGGUGUGAGCUGCAGGAUCGUAAGUUGUCAAAAGUGGAACGUCAGCGCUUUAAAGAGGAGGCAGAGAUGCUGAAGGGUCUUCAGCAUCCCAACAUUGUCCGUUUCUAUGACUUCUGGGAGUCGCCUCUUAAAGGAAAGAAGUGCAUUGUUUUAGUAACGGAGCUCAUGACCUCAGGAACGCUAAAGACCUAUUUGAAGCGUUUCAAGGUAAUGAAACCCAAGGUGCUGAGGAGCUGGUGCAGACAGAUCCUAAAAGGCCUCCACUUUCUCCACACCAGGACGCCUCCCAUCAUCCACAGAGACCUCAAAUGUGAUAACAUCUUUAUUACUGGACCUACAGGGUCAGUGAAGAUAGGGGACUUAGGGCUGGCAACACUCAAGGCUGCUUCCUUUGCUAAGAGCGUCAUAGGCACUCCGGAGUUCAUGGCUCCAGAGAUGUAUGAGGAGCACUACGAUGAGGCCGUGGAUGUCUACGCCUUUGGCAUGUGUAUGCUAGAAAUGGCCACCUCUGAAUAUCCCUACUCCGAGUGUCAGAACGCUGCUCAGAUUUACAGAAAAGUCACAAGUGGAGUGAAGCCGGCCAGCUACAACAAGGUCAUGGAUCCGGAAAUCAAGGAGAUCAUUGGGGAGUGCAUCUGCCAAAAGAAAGAGGAACGGUACACCAUCAAGGAUCUGUUGAACCACGCUUUCUUUGCCGAGGACACCGGUGUCAGGGUGGAGCUAGCCGAGGAGGACGAUGGGCAAAAGGCCUCAAUAGCCCUCAAACUGUGGGUGGAGGAUCAUAAGAAGUUAAAAGGGAAGUACAAGGAGACUGGAGCCAUUGAGUUCACAUUUGACCUGGAGAAGGAGGUCCCUGAAGUUGUGGCGCAAGAAAUGGUGGAGUCUGGCUUCUUCCACGAGAGUGAUGCGAAGACUGUGGGGAAGUCGCUCAGAGACCGCGUGGCCCUGAUCAAAUGGAGAAGAGAGAGGACGGCGUCUGCUGCGUUGGUUCGGGGUGAUGGAGGACAGAGGAUCCAGGUGACAGCGUCUCAGGGCAUGUCUGCCGGGGCUCCGCAUGUAGGACAGCCCCUUUUGCUGGAACCAGAAGAGCCAGAGGCAGACCAGCACAACAGGCUACAUAACCUACCAGCCAGUGCCACCUCAGUGACAUCAGACGGCACUCUUGACAGUGGCAUGGGCUCCACUGUGUACUCAGACUCCCACAGCAGCCAACAGAGUGUCCUCUACCAGUCCCUGCUGGAGCCUAUUACUAUGGCAACACAGCAGUGCCAGAGCAGUAGCCGUUUUCUGACAAAUCGACCUCACUCCUGUGAAAAGGGUGAAGUGUUGGGGGCAACUCUGAGCCCAGAGUUCAGGACGCAACAGGGAGCUGCAGGCAGAAGGGGAAGUGCCCCUGCAAUGGACUUUCAAAGGGCAAACUACAUUUCUCAGCUCCAUGCCCUCAUUCAGCAUCAGAGAUCAAUCAGUCCCAUCACUAUGCUACGAGAGAACCCAUCCGAACUCGGUCCCACUGAGCUUCACUCUGGGGUUGAAGAUAGUUUGUCCCCCGGACGAUCUUCCCCACUGCCGCAACUCUCCCCUGUUACUUCACCUUCGACUCAGGUGGGAUCUCCGGGCCGGAGAGGAAGUGCCCCUGCGAUGGACAUUCAAAGGGCAAAUUACAUUUCUCAGCUCCAUGCCCUCAUUCAGCACCAGAGAUCAAUCAGUCCCAUCACUAUGCUACGAGAGAACCCAUCUGAACUCAGUCCCAGUGAGCUUCACUCAGGGGUUGAAGAUAGUUUGUCCCCCGGACGAUCUUCCCCACUGCCGCAAGUCUCCCCUGUUACUUCACCUUCAACUCAGGUGGGAUCUCCGAGCCGGAGGGGAAGUGCCCCUGCGAUGGACAUUCAAAGGGCAAACAAGAUUGCUCAACUCCAUGCCCUCAUUCAACGUCAGAGAUCAAUCAGUCCCAUCUCCACCGUACAAGAACACCUGUCUGAACUCAGUCCCACUGAGCUUCACUCAGAGUUUGAAGGUGGUUGUUCCUCCCCACGUAGUCUGCCAUUGCUACAAGUCUCUCCUGUCACUUCCCCAUCUGCUCAGUCACAUUCUGCAGGCCGGAGGGGAAGUGCCCCUGCAAUGGACAUUCAAAGGGCAGACCAGAUUGCUCUUCUCCAUGCCCUUAGUCAGCAUCAGAGAUCAAACAGUCCCAUCCCCACUGUACAAGAGAGCUUGUCUAACGUCAGUCCCACUGAGCUUCCUUCGGAGGUUAAAGAUGGUGUUUCCUGCCAGAGUGGUCUGCCACUAGUGCAAGUCUCCCCUGUCACUUCACCUUCUGAGUAUCGCCGCCGUAGUGAUACUUGCAUCAGAUCACCAUCAGCAGCCAGCAGUGAGAACAUAACACUGCCAGUGCCAAAUGGACGCAAUGGACGCAGACACUCUGACAUUAGUGGUCUCCUUAGUCAUAACCACUUAACAAUGCACAGCCCUGGGUGCCAGGCCUGCCUUGCUUUACUUCAGUGGAAGUCAAGACCUCACCUCAGUUCAUGUGACUGUAAACACCUUCCACCCUCUGGUAGAUCAAUGAGCACCUCUGGCUAUGGACAGUCAAAGAGUUCAAAUGAUUGUUCAAAUUUUCUAGCACUGCAACAGUCCUUGUUCAAUAUAAUUGGACGCAAAACAGGGUUUUGUCACACUUCACCCACCCAAGCCCCCCUGGUGCAUCCCUUAGCUGCCCGCAGGCCUGCUUGCAGUGAUGGAGGCGCAAGGGGUCAUCUCCAGUGUGGCAGUUUGGUUGGAGAACAAGAAUCACCAAAGGAACGUGAGAACAGAUACUUUGCCAGAGAGCAGCAAGAUACCAGGGCUCUGGGAGUGACUAGCUCAACAGGUCACCAGAAUCAACCGUCUGUGCAGGGCCUUCCCUCUUCCAGCACACCAGUGCACACACCACCACAGUACGUUCAGCCUGGACACAGCUACGCUGCAUAUACUGGUCAACCCCGCUCUGCAUCUCCGGCUCCAGCCAGCCUAUGUUCGAUCAAUAUCCAGCAUGCUGCCAGUGCUGCUAGUUACACACCUCAAAGUGUUCAACAACCCCAAGCUGUAGUAAAUAUUGCAACAUCAGCUGUGCCGCAACAUGUUAAACAGAGCUACCAAGCACCAGGCCACCCACAGCAACAGGCAACAGCAGUAAGCUCUUUGACUUUCCCCUUGCCAGUCCAACAAACCUCUCAGAACACCGUGGCACCUACUCAACAACAGGUUCAGUCUGCAUCAGCAUAUCCUGCGUCAGUUCAACAACAGACUGCAACAAGCCUCCUGCCAGCACAACAGCCAGCACAAAGUUGCCCUCUUGUAUCUGUGGCCGCAGGUAUGGCAGCCACAGUCCAGUGUCAACCUGCACAAGCUCCCAGCGCACUGCAGAAGGUUCAAGUCAGCCUGCCUGGUCAGCAGCUUGGUCAGAGCUCCUCCACACCAGCACUUUACGGUCAGCAAAUACCCAUUCAUCAAGAACACCAACAGCCAAUACCACACAAUCCUCAAUCCAGUGUACAACAAACACAACAUUCCGGGCAGGUUUAUAUUCAGCCUCAACUUCUGCAUAGUCAAGAAACUAUGCAUACCACAAACCAAAAGGUGGCACAGCCUGCCCUUCCAUCUCAAAGUCUUCAGUGUACUCCACAGCAACAAGUGCAUGUCGCAGGUCUGCAGCAUCACGGACAAACAGCCAUGCAGACAGCAGUUCUGCAACAGAUCCAGGAUGUAUCUCAUUCUCAGCCUCACCCUACACCAACUCCAGUUGUGCAGGUUGCAGCUUACUCUGCUGAUGUAGCCCCUCAGUGCUAUGCACCCUCUCUCCUCCAACAGACUGCUGCAGGUCAGGGCCACGGCCUGCCUGCACAGUCUAUUGCUGCUCCACAGAAUUACGGAGUAGUGGCUCCUCACAGCCUUUCAACCUCUUCCCGACAAAGUCCGGCUGCUCUUGGUACGCAACAGAGUGUCCCUGCUAAUCAGAGCAUUUUACAGUUUGGACAAGAUGGACCGGAACAUGGACAUAGUCUCUGCCAAUCAGCUUCAAAUGUGCCAGCUCAGACACUUCCUCCUCAGCAACCAAUGGCUCAGACUACUGUCCACCAACAACUUCAACCUCUGCAGAUUUCAACAUCACUCCCACCACCACACCCAUCCCAGUAUCCCACAGUCCAGGUGAUGGCAGCUGUGACUGACUGUGAAUCCUCCUACCCUCUCUCCUGCACUGCUCCUCUCCCUUCAAUUUCCUCUUCGCUUAAUCAGAUUUUCCUCUCUCCUUGCCCUGUAACCCCCUCUGUAUCGCCCCUCUCUCCUCUGCACAUUGAAAGCACAUUAGUUUCACCCAACCCAGUGUCCCUCAUGCCUUCCCCAUCACCUGUGCUGAGUAAAGUAGAACCCACAUCCCCACAGCACCAACCCAUCACUGCUCUGCUGCAGAGCGCUAGAUCUGAGACUCCUCAUACACAACCUGCAUUUAUGUCGGCACUAACCACCCACCCCUUACACACACAAACUGCCCCAUGCCAGAACACACACCCUCCCUCAAAUGGCAGCACUCAGCUUCUGAUACAGAACGUUCCUCUUCAAGCCCAGGUCAGUCAGCCUGAGCUCCUCUAUGCUCAGCCGGUCCAGCAUGCUCAGCUCACACAACCUGCAGUGUUUUCCUCACCUGUGCAGAACGGGGCAGACCUGGGCACAGCCACCACAGCAGCUCUGCUGGAGAACAUGAGCCAGUGCCAAGUGCCUCCACAGGCCCAGCACCAGAGUCAGGUUCAAAGCCAAGUUCCUGUGCUGCAGUCCUCUGACUCUCAGAGAGCAGCAUCUGGGUCCGGUACCGGUUUGACUCAACAGAAACCGCUCGGUACUGUCACAGGAGCUGCAGUUCAGGGUCCAACUGAGAUUAACAUGGAGGACCAAGCUGCAGAGAAACAUACUGGAGGACAGAGCUAUGACAGUAUCAACUCUGACGCCACAUCAGGGAAGGAGAUGAGCGACGGCUACGAGGGGACGCAUGGAGGAAAAGGUGACGGGAAAGUUCGUAAACAUCACCGCAGGUCCACGCGCACCCGUUCACGCCAAGAGAAGAUUGGCAGACCAAAGCUCAGCAUGCUCAAUGUGUGUAACACCGGGGAUAAGAUGGUGGAGUGCCAGCUGGAAACUCACAACCAUAAAAUGGUCACUUUCAAAUUUGACCUGGAUGGAGAUGCGCCAGAGGAGAUCGCUACAUACAUGGUGGAGAACGAUUUCAUUCUGCCUCUGGAAAAAGAGGUCUUCAUUGAACAGCUGAAGGACAUCGUGGACAAAGCUGAGGACAUGCUGAGUGAGGACACGGAGGGAGAGAGGAACUCGGACCAUGGAUGCAGCCCCAAACUGUGUGACGGAGCCGGCUCUCUGGGAACAGAGGCUUCAGCACCCAGUACCCCACAGCUAGUGUACCAACAAAAUGUCCUUCACACUGGGAAGCGCUGGUUUAUCAUCUGCCCUGUGGACGAGACGCCCAUGUUAGACAAAGAGAAAACUACAUCACACAAUUCUACAGCCCAAGAAUCUGAAAAGUCUGGCUCAUCGUCAGUCCUGCCCAACAACAACACAGCUGCGGUAGCUGCCCCAGUUGCUUCUUUAUCCGCGCAAACCCCAUCUUCCUCCGCCUCUCUGCCCGCUGCAGCUCAGACCUCUGUGCAGCCUCCUGACCAAACCAUUGACAAAGCCCUGGUCCAGCAGACCCAGCCCUGUGUAACUAAACAUGCCCUUAGUGCCGGUGGUAUAAGCCGUCACAACUCUCUUCCUGUGGAAGAGCCUUGCAUCUCUGCUGUCUCUAUGGUAACAGAUAUGCCGUGCUGUGCUAUUGUACCACCUGUCUCUCUGGAUGUGAAUGCCGCUGAUAAAGGAGCAAAUGUUGGUUUAGUUUCGACUCAAACCAACCAGUCGAAUCAUAAGGCCAGCCCUACUGGAGAACUACCCCCCCAGCUUUCUACUCAUCAACCUGUGGUCCUGCAACAGCCCUACGCUACACCGAUGCAGCCUGGGACAGUGACCUCCCAGCCCCAGAGUCCAGCACAUCAGCCCUCACAGAGCUCCCAAUCUUCUAGCCACCAGCAGCAGGGUGGGGCGCCAGGAGAGUCAGACGGCGAGGGGCCACGCCGGGUGGAGUUUGUUGACCGCACCAUAAAGACUUUAGAUGAGAAGCUGAGGAACCUGCUGUAUCAGGAACACACUCUCUCCCAGCCCUCCAGCGCUACGUCCGACCCACAGGCCUCCAGCACAGAAGGGGUCAGCUCCCCUCCGGUCUCAGACGGCCAGAGCUCUGAGGGAGCACUCGCAAAGAACAAGGGAGAACCACUGCCUCAGAUUCUUGAGCGCACAGGUAGCGUGGGUGCAAGUGACUCCGUAGAGUCAGCCACUAAAGGAAGAGAUGUGACCACCAGCUCCAGUCAUGGCUCCAAAAGCCGUUUUCAAAUCAUCCCCACUCCACCGGAUGUCAUUUGUCGUUUAGAGAAAGGAGGCAAGAAGAGCUGCAGCACCUGCAGCUCCCCAGCGCCCUCUAGUGGCUCAGGGGGGUCUUACAGUCAGAGUGUAGACAGGAAAGAGAGGGGCACUGCUGCUGUAUGCAAGUCCUCUGUUCCAGAGGACGAGGACAAUUCGGGAGAAUCCAAACAUCCUAGUAGUAACCGUUACUCCGCCCCAGCAAACCUCUGCCAGGCCACCCCCACUUCCAGUCCUGAAUCAACCCCACACCAUAUCCCCCGGGCCCAGACCAUUGACAGUUCGACCCAUCACCGCUAUCACCACUCAUUGCACCUCUACUCUGACUCAGCAGAUGAGGACAGCAGCAGCAUAGCUCUGCCUCCGGCUCAUCCUGCGCCCCCAGCUCAUACCAUGUCCGAGCACAGUGGAGGUGACCUCAUGAAGAGGGCAGUCGCCUUCCUGCGCCGCUCCGGUCGGAGCAAAAGUGAGCAGGCCUCCGAUUGCCCAAACCGACAGGUUGUUGCAAUGAACGGUCACGCUCCCUCACCUCCCGCAGGACAUGCCCACUCAUCCUACAUCAGCAGCGACAAUGACUCAGAGUUUGAGGACGCAGAUAUGAGGAAGGAACUCCAGAAACUCAGAGAAAAACACAUGAAGGAGAUCUCUGAGCUGCAGGCGUUCCAGAGGAAUGAGAUCGAGCGUUUGUACAAGGAGCUGGGAAAAACUCUGCCCCCAAAUGUCAGCCUGCUUCAUGCUGCACCCCCGACCGGCCGCAGGCGCAGGGCCAGCAAACACAAGCUGAAAGCUGGGAAACUGCUCAAUCCUAUGGUGCAGCAGCUCAAAAACAAUCUCAACACCUCUAGCGUUGAGAGGAAAGGUGAGAGUGCUGCCAGUUCAUCCGGCUCCCCGGCUAAAAGUUCUGUUCUGUCAGAUGGCUCAGCCCACUCCAGCGGCAGCUCCAGCUCCGGCAGUCAGCCCAGCGCCACCACAGAGCAGGUCCACACCCAGCAGCCCUGCUCGCUGAAGGGCUCUUUCUCCUCAGACAACAUCUACGCCGGGCUACAUGGUGACGGCACGGCUAACCAAGCCGGCCCUGGUCAAGGCUGGACGGUUUACCACCAAACGUCAGAGAGAGUCACCUAUAAAUCUAGUAGCAAACCACGCACUAGAUUCCUCAGUGGACCUGUGUCUCUGUCCAUCUGGUCCACUCUGAAACGACUAUGUCUAGGCAAAGAGCGCAGUAGUAGGUCCUCUCUUAACACCGCCGCAGCUCAGACGGCCCUGGGUCAGACGCAGCCGCCUCUCACUGCAGCAACGCCCUCACCCUCUCCUCAGCCAAUCACACGGCUCGCUCAGGUCCAGACCAACAACAGCAACAACAAGAGAGGCAUGUUUACUGAUGAUCUUCACAAACUGGUAGACGACUGGACGAAGGAGACGGUGUCGGCGGCCAAUCAGCCGCGUCCCUCGCUGAACCAGAUGAAGCAGCAGAGACGCCAGCAGGACCUGGAAGUGAGAGCACCACCAAUGGGAGCAGUUACACAUGAGAUGAAAUGCCAUGUUGGUCCCAGCAAGUUCCAUCUGCCUCUUUCAUGCCCCCUGACUGCUGCUUUAGGCCCUGGUUUACCUGCAACUCUAUCUCCAAACUCCUCUUCGAUGCUCCCUCCGGGUUACCUGCUACCAUCAGGCUCCUAUGGUCGGAUGGCACCUGGUCCGCUUUACCCCCAGCAGUGGCCAGGCAUGCGUAGUCCUGUAGGGUCCGUGGUUCCUGUAGGCCUGCUUGGUGCUGCGAGAAUGAUGCCCUAUGGCACAAUGACAAACCCAGGGAUCCAAGCCUACCCCCUGGCCAUGCACAGCCCUGAGAAUGGCCCCUCUCCAAAAACUACUAGGACUACCUGAUCUGCUUUGUUAGCAUGUAUGUGCAGGACAGACCACUCUACUCUGUUCACCAGACCCACACAUGUACAUAGUCUGGUCUUGUAAAUAACAUUAAGGAAGUGUUGCUAUUCUUUAUACAACACGUAUAUCUGUAGUAAACUGUGUGUGUGUGUGUGCGUGUGUAUGUAUGUAUACUAUACAUUAAAUGUUAACUAAGUGUGAAUGAAUACCUAAUGCUUUUUGGCUUUGGUCUUGACUAAACUCAGCCAUUCAAACCUUUUUUUUUUUAUCUGCAGUCACAAAAACUGAGUUCAUUUUAUUUUAUUUUUUCACACUGCUUUCUCCUGUUUGCGUUAUGUACACUUUAAACACUACAUUGGAAUCCAAAUAGCGGUGAUGUGAGAUACAAUAACAGGAUAGUAUUUAUGAUGAGAAUAUUUGAAGGAAUGUAGUGCCUUGAAUAUUGAUUUAUUUCCUUCUUCUGUGAAACAAAGCAUGUCUGUGUCAAAGUUAUUUUAUUGUAAGGUCGCUUGAGUGCAGUCUUUUUUUUUUUUUUUUUUAAUGCAUUACAGAACAUUUUGGUUUUGGUUUACAUAUGAAUGCCCUUGUAGUACUGCACUAUUAACACAGUAUAUUCUCUUAUUUAAGUAAUAGCAUCAUGUUUUAACUCUUGUUUACUUUCCACCCCUGUGACAGAUGGAAUGCCAUAGUGGUGAGAUGUACCGAUGCCUUGCAGAAACAAAACGGUUAAUGUACGACUGAUGAGCGAAGGAAAAAAUACGCCAGCAGCCAAAAUCCACUCAUUCAGGUCAAAUGGUUCAGUCGGACACAGCCUAUUUUUGAUAGGACAGCUGAUGCGUUGGACAGCGCAGGAGCUGGCAGGGUUGUAGCCUUGUGCUCAGAGAAGAGGCGGUGUCCAGAGCCAUACAUACUGUACAUAGUUCUUUCUACAGUAUAAGCCUCUGGUAGUGUUCAGAUUAGAAUGUAGCAAUUAAUAUGUGAAGGCUUGAGGCUCAAAAGUGCAAUUUAACCCCUCCACAAAGCUUUGAUCGUGGCCUUGCCACAAGCCUUAUCUCUGAUGUUUGCAAAAGGAGCAAGCUGAAAAGUUGAACAAAGUUACAAAUCACCCAGCAACCAACAGACAGACGUUAUCAGGCAAACUAUGAAUAAUAAAACUCACCCAGCAAACUGAAUUCAUUUCUGGUCAACUUUGCUAGUACUCCGCAUAUACACUGUAAAACUUUCUGUGCAAUCACCAGUUUGUUUUUAACUUAUUUGAUGUUUUAAGCUUGAUUUAUUGUUUUAAUGCUGCUAUUGUCUCACUAGCUGAUUUCAUUGUAGAGUUAAGCAUUCUGUUCACAUUAAGCGGUACUUAAAAAUAAGACUAAUUCAAUUAAAGAUGCCCAUAAAGCAGUGUUAUUGCCUUGUAAAAAUGUAUUGAUUUCAAAGGUUGCAUUUGAUGUCGGCCUCUUUUUAUUUCAUUAUAUUUUCAGUAAUCUAUUGCAGAAUUCAAAUGAUACUUGAUGCCGGAGAUUUGCACAACCUAUAGUCUCCCUUAAUUGUAUGUUUAGAAGUUCCUACACUGUACAUAGUGGGUUUCACCCACCUGUAAUUUUUUAACACUGACAAGCAUGGCCAACUUUUCAUGUUCCACAAUGCAACGUAAAACAAUACAGCUACUAUGGUUAAACGUUUCACAUCUCCACAACACAUUUGAAAUGUUUCUGCACCCCAAUCCUGCCAAGCUGUGAACUGUACAGUUUUCUUGUAGUUUGUAUUUGUACAUUUUGUUUGACUGUUUAGGGGUGGUGGAGGAGGGGUUGCUUUGAUGUAUAUUAUUCCAUCAAUUCGGUUUGAAUUGGACUUUUAUAGGAUAUUAUGCAGAGUCUUCUGCUUUGGUGAAAUACUUCCAGUAGUAAGAGAUUUCUGUUCUCUGUCACACUGUAUCUGGUAUGUUUUGUUCCACCUCCCUUGCUGCUAAGUCAUGGAGAGCAGAGGAGGGAACAACUAGAGCUGGCUUAUUCUUUUGGAUGCAGUGAUCGGAAAGAGAGAGAUGAGAUGCACAGAAGAGGAGGAGCAGUCCGAAGGCUUCUCACUCUGCUCAUGUCACUUCUCCCUGGACAACAUUGCCCCCUGCUGAAUAUGCUCUAAUUGUCAAAGGCUCGUAUUUAAACUGCGGGAUUGCUUUUGCCUGCUGUAUGUCCCACUGCAUUACCCCACCCUAUCCUGCUGCACUCUAAUCACAGACUGUAUGUUGAGAGAGAAAUAAAUAUUAUUUUGUGCUUGA